AUGGUACUGAUUCCAGAAGACGUUGCGAAUGCCCAGAUUGAAGAAGCCCUAGGAACUAUCAAAGCUUUAGGGCGAGUGCGAGUGAGAGGACGGACUGUUAGUCUGAAGCUGGAUAGCCACAGGGUGCUAUGCGAGUGUAAAGAGACGGUGGACCCCACCAAAGUCCCUCCUGAACUGUUGCCAGAGGGCAAGAUGAAAAAAUGGAUGAUUGUUAUUGCUUAUGAAAGUCCUACUCCUUCGAGCCCGUUAAAGAGUUUGUUGGAAGAACCUCCAGAGAGUGGCUCAGCAGAGUCUAUUAUUCGUGCGGUGGGUGAUUUGUUGACUAAGAUGGGGACACCAUCAGGUGACAACAGCAGUUACCGUCGUCUGAGAGUGUUCUCUGGUACCUUGCCAACUCCAGUUGGAGAAGAGUCUCUUGAGCAUUGGUUAGAACAUGCACGACUGAUGGUCGAGGAGAGUGAGUGUUCCCCUAAGGAGAAACGACGACGUAUCAUGGAGAGUCUGAAAGGUCCUGCGCUAGCUGUUUUAAAGGCUGUACGAACUGCUGAUCCAGAGGUUAGUCCUGCUCGGUGUUUAGAAGCCAUUGAGAGUGCUUUUGGGUCUGCUGAGACAGGCGAAGACCUGUAUUUUGCCUUUAGAUUGCUACAGCAGCAGCCAAAGGAAAAGUUGUCUGACUUUCUUAGGCGCGUAGAGUUGUCAUUGACCAAGGUAGUUCGUCGGGGAGGUCUCCCAACAAGCCGUGCUGACCGUGCUCGAGUGGAGCAGCUGCUGAGAGGUGCUAUUCACUCUGAUAUGAUGCUUGUCCAGCUCAAACUCAGGGAGAGGAAGGAAAACCCUCCAUCAUUCUUGGAACUGCUGAGUGAGAUCAGAAGUGAAGAGGAGUACGAGUCAUCAAGGACGAAGCUGAAUACCUCUGUCCAGAGAGUUCACACAAACUCUGCUACAGACAAUAGACAGGAUAAUGUUGAGCGUUUGAGAACCGAAAUUCAAGAACUCAAGUCAAUGUUCACUGCCAUGAGUACUUUGCCUAACAAGGUUGUAGCAUAUAGCAAAGGAUCUGUGUCAAUGACAAAGAUGCACACCCCAGAGACAGUUCUUCGAGUAGAGCCAUCAAGACAAACCCAUAGUGAUAAUAGAAAGCAACCAUCUAACGACUCAGAUGGGAACUUUUGUUAUCGCUGUGGUGAAAACGGCCAUUACUCUGCCAAAUGCCAGAAUGCUGAGAAUCAGGCCAAAGUUAUUCGAAAGCUGAUACACGCUCUAAAGAAAGCUAAACAGGGUGAUCUGUCUUCUCAAGCAUCAGGCGAUGGUCACACGGUGUGCUCAGCUAAGAAAAGUGAAGUAACCACCCUUGAAAGAGGCAUUCCUCCAGGACUGAUCGGGCCCUGUUCAAUCAUCCCAGUGAAGAUAAAUGGCCAGCACUGUGAUGCACUUCUGGAUAGUGGCUCUCAAAUCACAAUUAUCUUCAAGCCCUGGUAUGAGCACUACUUAUCUGAUGUUCCAAUCCAGCCAGUGUCAGGGUUGGCAAUAUGGGGUUUGAGCGAAACCAGUUACCCCUACCUGGGAUAUGUCGUAGUGGAGAUGGAAUUUCCAGAGAAGGUUACCGGUGCAAAGGAGACACUUUCCGUCCUUGCUCUGAUUUGCCCAAGUUCCAAAAAGUCCUGA